AUGGAAGAAGCGACUGAUCACAAACCUAUGUCAGCGGCAUCCUUCGGCUUUGCAAAACUGCUUCUCGAGGGAUACCAAAUCUCAGUAGAAACGGAUGAACCUUGCAUGGACCCUGGACCAGGAGACGAGGCCAAUCCAACUCCAUACGAAUGGAAAGUUGAAACGAAGGAUGGGGACACGAUCAAGAAAGGGGAACACCAAUGGACUCCCGAAGCAAUGGAAUGGUUCAAGAAUCACUUUUUGAUGGAAUCUGCUGGCUUUGACCUCGUGUUGGUAACAAAGAAACCUCUUCCUAAGUUGAAAGGAAACGGUAGAAGCGCAGCGGGUGAGGGUGAGGGUGACCUUGUCAUUGGGAAUGGUGUAUACAUUACACAAGUUGAUGACCCAUAUGAGCAUGCAUAUGGAUUGGUGGAACUUAAGACUGACGAAUACAAGGUGAAACCAGGACAGAGUGUUCUAGAGCUAGCUUCGCUUUCAACUACCAGUCGAUUUGGCAGAAAUUUUGCUCUUUUGGCGACCGACUGCAAGCACAAAUGGCAGCUUUACUAUUUCAAAGACUUGAAGACAAUUCUACGAAGAGAAUACCUCCACAUCACAGCAAUGGUCGAAAGUGCUGGGAAGACUUCAAGGCAUUGA